AUGCUGUUCAAACCUCGUGGUGUCACCAGCAACGAUCCAAGAUAUGCUGGCGGGUCGCGGCUAAUGUCUGUGUCGGAUCUUCUUGCGUACCGUGACACGUGGCGCGGGCGACCACCUACUGAGAGUUUUUCACUAGCCCAAAUUCUACGAGAUGCACGCGCAGCGGAUUGUAAGCCCGUUGUGACAGAAAAACUUGUCAUGUCGGAGAACGGCUUCAAGGUUAAGUCCCGUGACUCAAUUGAUUCGUUAGAGCGUGGCGUAAGAGCAGUGCAAUCUGCCCUCAACAAACUCACUGAAUGGAAUUUUGACGUGGUAGUGCAGACGGUUCUCACGCCAGAUAUUAUUAUAAACAACGAAGUAGUGAAGGAUGUUGUUCGCCUUAUUUACGAAAAAGCCCUUAUGGAGCCGGUGUUCGCUGGGCUCUACGCGCGGAUGUGCUUUUCAAUUGUUCGUUUUGAAUAUGAGUACCGUACUAAGUUUCUUCCGGGAACGUGUCAGGUUCCCAGUGCCGUGCGUGUGGCAAUCGUAGAGAAAUGCCAACAAAUGUUUACUAACGCGGUAGAGGAAUCCAAGCAAACCAUGUCGGAAGAGCAGGCCGAGAGGCUGCGAAAAAGGAAUGUGAACAAUAUCAAAUUUGCUGGUGAGCUCUUUCUUAAAACACUCAUCACGCAGAAGAUCAUUGAUCGUAUUCUGAACGAAAGAAUAUAUGAAAUGGUUCCCAACGAUAUGGAGCUGGAGGUGAUAAUUAACCUCUUGGAGGUUGUUGGUAAAUUAUACGAAGAAAAGAAUCCGGACGCACAAGAACAGCUGUGGAAAAUGCUCUCUAGCAUGCAGGAGAAUCGGCGCUACUCCAUGCGCAUACGUUUUCUCCUCCAGAACCUCAUUGAUCGACGUAACGGUGGAUGGAAACCGCGAGAACCAGAACAAGUCGUUAUCGAGGAUAUUCAAUCUCAGCAGCAACCUCAACAGCAGUCUCAACAGCAACAGCAACAACAACAACAGCAGCAAUCUCAACAGCAGCCUCAACAGCAACAGCAACAAGGUCAGAAGCACUAUUCCCAACAACAACGACACCAGCAAAGUUUCCCACACCACAACCAACCUCAGUCACAUGGAGGAUAUCACCAGCAUCCGCCACCGCCGCCACCACCGCCACGUAACUCCGAAUACCAACACACGCCGGGGAUGAAGCGAGGUGGCAGCUAUCAUGAAGUUUCGAGCUCACUUGGAAUGGGUGGGCGGUGUUCCCAGAGUACCAAUGAUCUUACACGUGGUGGAUCAUAUAACAAUAUGCCACCACCGGCCCAUGGUUUCUCCGACUCUCGACUCGCACCGGAGGAAAGAAAGCGGUUAAACUUUGCUCGCCCCCCUGCGCAACUGCUUGAAGAGUUUAAGAAAAAUAUUUUGUUUAUUGUUCGCGACGCCGCCGAAGAGGGAAUGGCGGAUCCUGAGGGGAUGAAGGUGCAGUUGAAUGCCCUAGUACCGCAGGAUAGUAACGCUCCGAUCAGUGAAGUCAGCGUUUACGUUACUCUCAUCCGUGCGCUCAUGGACGCAAACGAGAGCGAACGGAAGCUGUUGCUGAGCGUUCUCCAGAAGGGUUCGUUUGAAAACCACAUUCUCACCCGUGGCUUUUCGUGGGCCCUCGCCAAAAUCAUCUCAGACCGAGAUUGCGAUGACUGCCCCCGAAUCUAUGCUCGCUUCGCCGAGGCAGUCUGGAGCAUUCCUUCAUUUAACUUUCGCUGCGUUACGAAGGACAUUGUGUCACGCACUGCCAUCCAUUUGGGUGCACUUUCUGUAGAAUACGAGAGCGAGGGCGAGUGGGAGGAGGAUUUUAUUGCCGUGUGGGAGAACAUUGUCACAGCCAGCGAAACCGGGCGACAAGGGGAGAGUAAGCCAUCUGUGGCUGACAUGAUGGAAAGUAUAGCGCCCUCGUGUACGGUGCCAUUCAUGUGCAACGUCCUUCCUGACUUUGUUGCCGUGAUGGUCCAGGCUCGCUUUUUCACAGAAGAAGAGCUGGGUGCGUGGCGUAAUAAGAACAAGGACAACUCAAAGGUGUUCUCGUUGUUGGAAGAACUCUCAGUUAUAUAUGCGUGA